AUGGGUGUCUUCGAGAAGUUCGCCCGGGAGAAAGACGUUGAUGUCGAGGUCAACUCGGACAACGCAGUCGACAUCAGCCAUGGAAUCAUCUCUGAGAACAAGGACGACCUUCAGCGUCGGUUGGGAAACCGCCAGAUUCAGUUGCUGGCUAUAGGAGGUUCAAUUGGCACGGCUUUGUUCGUGUCCAUUGGCGGUGGUCUUCACGCCGGUGGACCUGCCAGUCUCUUCCUUGCCUACACGAUAUACUCAUGCAUGCUCGGACUGGUCAACAACUGCAUAGCAGAGAUGACCGUUGUUAUGCCUGUCUCUGGAGGCUUCAUUCGUCUUGCAGGAGAGUGGGUAGAUGAUGCAUUCGGCUUCAUGGCCGGCUGGAACUUCUUUUUGUACGAGGCGCUUCUAAUUCCGUUCGAGGUUACUGCGCUUAUUACAGUUCUGGGCUUCUGGAGAGACGACAUCCCAGGAGGUGCCGUUAUCGCCGUCUGCAUCGUAUUAUACGCGGUACUGAACUGUCUCGCGGUCAAGGCAUACGGAGAAGCCGAGUUUUGGCUUUCGGGAGGCAAAGUCAUUUUGAUCAUGUUGCUGUUCUCCUUCACCUUUGUGACUAUGGUUGGCGGCAACCCCCAAGGUGAUGCAUAUGGCUUCCGAUACUGGAACAAGCCCGGAGCUUUCGCCGAGCACUUGAGCACCGGUUCUCUAGGACGCUUUGAAGGUUUCCUCGCAGCCCUCUGGUCUGCCUCCUUCACUGUUGUCGGACCAGAAUACAUCAGCAUGGUCGCCGCUGAGGCCAAGCGUCCCCGCAUCUAUAUCAAGAACGMCUUCAAGACCGUUUACUGGCGAUUCGGUAUCUUCUUCAUCAUGGGAGCACUUGCUGUUGGUGUCUUGAUUCCAUACAACGACCCAACCUUGUCUGCUAUCAUCGCUGGAACCUCUUCGGGCGGUGGUACCGGUGCCGCAUCGCCAUAUGUCAUUGCCAUGCAGAACCUUGGAGUCAACGGCUUGCCUCACCUCGUCAACGCACUCCUGGUCACCUCCAUCUUCUCUGCCGGCAACACUUACACCUACUGCGCGACACGUUCGCUUUACGGACUUGCUAUCGAGGGCCGCGCUCCGAAAUUCCUGCGAUACUGCACGAAGAGUGGAGUUCCUCUUGCUUGCUUCGGUGUCGUCAUGUGCUUCCCAUUCCUGUCGUUCCUUCAGCUCGGCAGCGGAUCAGCCAAGGUCCUGACAUGGUUGAUCAACUUGAUCACCGCUGGUGGUAUCAUCAACUACAUUGUGAUGACGACAACUUACAUUUUCUUCUACAACGCUUGUAAGAAGCAGGGCCUUGACCGCAAGACUCUCCCAUACACUGGAUGGUUCCAGCCGUACGGAGCCUACAUUGCCCUCGUCUGGAUGUGGCUCAUUGUAUUGUGCUACGGAUACUCGUCCUUCAGGAGCGGCUUCGACGUCGAGAGCUUCUUCACCUACUACUCCAUGCUCAUACUCGCACCGAUCCUCUUCGUCUUUUGGAAGGUCAUCAAGAAGACCAAGUUCGUUAAGUCCAGCCAAGCUGACUUGGUCUGGGAGCGUCCGAUUGUAGAUGCUUACGAGGAGACGUUUAUCGACCCACCAGUUGGUUUCUGGACGGAGAUGAUUCAGAUGAUUGGAUUGAAGCGCCAGAAGGGUGGCAAUGACCGUCGCAUGGCCUCGGUGUCUUACUGA